AUGGCUUCCCACAAGAUGCAAAACCUUAUUAACUACCGGAUGCGCGUAACAUUGAACGAUGGACGUCAAAUGACCGGUUCCAUGCUUGCAUUCGAUAAGCACAUGAACCUAGUUCUUGCAGAUACAGAAGAAUUCCGUCGCAUCAAGCGGAAAUCCAAGCCCUCCGCCGGUCCCACAAACGCCCCGAUGGUUGAAGCGGAAGAGAAGCGAAGCCUCGGCCUGACUAUCGUGCGCGGUACUCAAGUCGUCUCUUGCUCUGUUGAAGGUCCUCCUCCUGCCGACCCCUCUGCCCGACUUGGUACCGCCGGACCCGGCGCAGCUGCCACUCUUGCCGCGGGCCCUGGUAUCAGCAAGCCCGCUGGCCGCGGCCUGCCUAUCGGACUCGGCGGCCCUGCAGCCGGCGUUGGUGGACCCCCACCCCCAGGCGGUUUUGGAUUCCCCCCUGGCGGUUUCCCCGGCGCCCCUCCUCCAGGCUUUGCUGGACGUGGAGGCCCCCCGGUGGACCUCGUAAGUACUCUCAUUUGCCUAGAUCGACUGGGGCUCAAACUGACUGAUUCGCUUCUAGCUGGUUUCGCACCUCCUCCUGGGUUUGCUCCUCAGGGUGGCCCCCCUGCCGGUUUCCAACCUCCUCCUGGUUUCCAGCCUCCCGGUCAGGGGCGUGGAUACCCCCCCCCUGGAUUUGGUGGCAGGUAA